GCGCUAGGCCGGGUUUGACCGACUCUGAGGGAGACGGGCGGUCGUGAAUGAACUACGACUCCCAGCAGCCCCCGCUUCCGCCGCCGCAGCUCUCGGACCGGGGGCGGGCCACGCUUUCGGAUUCCGCCCGUAGGUCGCGCAGCCUGACCGCGCGAGUGGGCGUGUGGGUCAGGGCGGGGUUGGGUGAGGGUCCCACUAGUCCUGGACCUGGCCGGCGUGAUCUCACCUCUGCCGACCCUGCCGCACUGGGAGCCGCGAUGGAGAGCCGGUGCUACGGCUGCGCUGUCAAGUUCACCCUCUUCAAGAAAGAGUACGGCUGUAAGAAUUGUGGCCGGGCCUUCUGUUCCGGCUGCCUUAACUUCAGUGCAGUAGUGCCUCGGACUGGGAACACCCAACAGAAAGUCUGCAAGCAAUGCCACGAGGUCCUGAUCAGAGGGUCUGCUCCUGCAAAUGCCUCCAGGUGGUCACCACCCCAGAACUAUAAGAAGCGUGUGGCAGCUUUGGAAGCCAGACAGAAGCCCAAUACUCCCCUGAGCCAGGGACUGACCCAGCAAGAUCAGAUCAUCGCUGAGCGCCUAGCACGACUCCGCCAGGAGAGCAUGCCUAAGUUAAUGCCCUCACAGGCAGAGAUAGAGACACGGCUGGCUGCACUAAAGGAUGAACCCCAGGGUUCCAUCCCUUCCACCCAGGAGAUGGAGGUACGGCUUGCCGCCUUGCAGGGCAGAGUUCUGCCUUCUCAGACCCCCCAGCCGGCAUAUCAGACACCAGACACCAGGACCCAGGCCCAGCAGACACAGGAUCUGCUAACACAGCUGACAGCCGAGGUGGCUAUUGAUGAAAGCUGGAAACAAAGAAGCCCAGCUGCCUCUCUCCAGAAUGACCUCAACCAGGGUGGCUCAGGGAGCCAGAGCACCAAUUCCAAGAGGCAGGCUAGCUGGUCCCUGGAGGAGGAGAAAAGCAGACUGCUGGCUGAGGCUGCAGUCCAGCUGCGGGAAGAGAACACGAGGCAGGAGCAGAUCCUGGCCGUUGCCAAGCGACUGGCUGUGCUGCGGGGACAGGACCCAGAGAGAGUGACGCUCCAGGACUAUCACCUCCCAGACAGCGAUGAUGACGAGGACGAGGAGAUAGCCAUCCAGAGAGUCCUGCAGCAGCUCACUGAAGAAGCUGCCCUGGAUGAGGCAAGUGGCUUUAACAUCCCUGCAGAGCCAGCUUCCCGACACCAGGCCCAACCCUGCAGGGCAGAGCCUGAGGUAAGAAAAGCCCCAAAUACAGACCCCAGGCCUGAGGCUGAGGAAGAGGAGCUUCCCUGGUGCUGCAUCUGCAAUGAGGAUGCCACCCUGCGCUGUGCUGGCUGUGAUGGAGACCUCUUCUGUGCCCGCUGCUUCCGGGAAGGCCAUGAUGCCUUUGAGCUUAAAGAGCACCAGACAUCUGCCUAUCGCCCCCCACAUACAAGUCAAGAGCAUUGAGGAGACCCUGGUCCUCCUGAGAAGGCAGUCCUACAGGCUGGGGCACCUACUUCUGGGCCCAGCCUCAGGGUGUCCUGUAGGAGAGCAUGUCUGGCUAUACUGAUGAUGGAUACACCCCUUCCUGAGACUUGGUUUCUGCAGAAGGAGGAAAGAGUUUCCAUUUGAGGCAAUGACUGGAGGAGGCAGAGGGAAGGAGAAGCAGGGGCCCUCCUCCUAGAAGCCCAGACUGGAAGUGAGAGGCAUGAUGGGGAAAGACAAGACUGAAUUUAAAACGGAGCCCUAUUACCUGGCUCCAGGGCACAGGGCUCUCCUCUGGCACUGAGUGGAUCUAAUAAAGUAUGUUGAUUCAUUGGG